AUGAUCGGUGAAAAAGCAGGUCCAGUCCCCCAACAGAGCCAAGGUACCGACUUUGUGAAGAAUUGGCGACGUAAAACCCCCAAGAAUAGUAUGACGCUACUCAUUUCGCUACGCGAUGGCCACCUCUACGACCAACAAAAUUUGGGGGAGUUACCAGACACCAAAAUGGUGAUUCUGUGCGAUUCUCAGCUGGCCACCGCACCCGGGAAAAUGGGGUGGUCUCCCAUAUGGGCGAUGGCUAUAAAUCGUAUCCACUGA